CGUAAGUACCACAUCUCUAAUGGUGGAAGAUGAGCCCGAGUUAUCUGUGCCUGAGCAUCAGCAAGAAAAACGAAAGAAACGUUCUACUGUUGGCACACCUGACUAUUUGGCACCAGAGAUACUAUUGGGAAUAGGACAUGGUACAACUGCCGAUUGGUGGUCAGUUGGUGUGAUUUUGUUUGAACUGAUUGUUGGUAUUCCACCCUUCAAUGCAGAGCAUCCUCAGACAAUAUUCGAUAACAUUCUUAAUCGUAAAAUUCCUUGGCCUCGAGUGCCUAAUGAAAUGAGCCCAGAAGCAGCAGAUUUGAUUGAUCGGUAAGCAAAUAUCUCAGAC